AUGGCUGAGAGAUCUCAACGGUGCCAGCGGAGGAAUGACGAAAACCUUGCAGCACAGGAGGAGAUGGCGCAAAGCUCGCGGGUAUCUUUAGAAGAAGGGUCCUAUGAUGCAAGCAAUAUAUUGACGGACAUUGGACACAUGCUUCCCAACGGGAGAAUGGAUGUUCCACUAAGCAUAUGCUUUUCGACUACGCGUGCGGAUGACCUUUUGUUGCACUAUCUGCUUAGGCGGGUUCUGGAGCCAGACGAGUUGUACAGCAACAACCGCACUGCACUAUUAAGGUGCCAAUACCAAAUGUACAAUGCUGCAUCAAAUGGGAGUUUAGAGUUCGUUCAUCUACUUUUGGACUACAGUGCAGACACUAAUAAAGAGGUAUCUACUAAUCCAUUGCCUUGUGUUUAUAAAAAAACAAGUAGUAAAGAUUCUGAAGGAAAUGUUUCCCUUUGGGAUUGGAUACUCAGAAAUGACCAGCCAGUGAUCAAGGUCCUCAUUAACAAUGGCAUCACGCUGUCGUCGAGGAUGUCGGCCAGUUGGUAUGCACGGAACGGAUGCCACCCUUCUCAACAACAUGGGGACCACGAACCUCCACACAACCAUCUCAGAGGGAAACCUCGCGAGCAUAAACGUGGGUCGAGAAGGGUGCCGACUUCAACCGUGCAAACGUGCAAACGAGAUAUACAUGUUGGGGAACCUGAAGGUGAUGUCCUAAUUUUCAUGGCAGGACAGGUAAUAACCGUAACUCUGACCGUGCGACUCAGUAAAAUUGCUGAAACCAUCAGAUCUCACUCACUCGCUGCUCUAUUGUUGUUCAGUGUUGUAAGGUUUAAGGUUGUCUUAACCCUCACUUCUGAAUUUGGAGGAGUUUCUGAAUAUGAUGGGGAGAACCUUUUGAGAUAUCAAAUCCACCAUAUUCAGCGGGCCGUUUAUUCUAAAUUCUUUUGGUUAGGUAUGACUAAGGGAGCGACUUUGAUGGACACAAAAGGGGAUUGUUUCUGUGCAGGUUGUUUUACGGUGUUGAAUCUUUAUGAAUUUUGCCGUUUUGUCUAA